AUGGCGGAGCACAUCCCGGACAAGGCCUUUGAGUCUGGGUCCACGGCAUCUGUGGUGCUUCUUGCCAAAGAUGGCCCAGGCUGGAAGUUGCACACCGGCUUUGUUGGCGACUCGGUGGUCUUGUAUGCGAAGAAGGCUUCAAACGCCGCAAAUUUUGAGUUGGACAUGGUGACAUCGACUCAUAGACCAGACCGACAGGACGAGAUGAAGAGGAUUUCCAAGUCCAACGGGCAGGUCAUCCAAAGUGAAGACCCUACCUCGCCCAGCCGCCUGCGUGUUCCCUCGGGCGACAUGGCCAUGUCCCGUGCAUUCGGGGACAUCGACGCGCACCUGUAUGGCCUGUCCAGCGAACCCGAGUUCCCGGAAGAGCGAGUGAUGCAGGCCGGUGAUGAACAUCUCAUCAUUCUUUGCUCCGAUGGAGUUUGGGAUAUGCUCAAUCCCCGCGAAGCGGUGCAGAUCUGCAGCAAGUUCCCUGCGGAGGACGCCCAGCGCGCAGCGGAGCGGCUCUGCGCGAAGGCCCAGAGCCGGUGGCAGCAGGAGAAGUCGAGAGUGGCGCCAUCGAUGACAUCACCGCCAUCGUCAUCAGGUGUGGUGGAGACGCUUCCGCGCGAGUGA